GAAGACUGUCAACUCUGGAGGGACCUAGACUCAGCGAUGGUCCAUAAGGAAGGCCACAUAGUUCUGGCUGGAAUGUUUCCCAUCCACUCUAAAGGCAUCAACCAGCAGCUAAACUUUACAAGCCAGCCAGACCAGAGGACUUGUAGGGGGUUUAACAUGCGGGUGUUCCGCUGGUCUCAAUCAAUGGUCUACUUCAUUGAGGAGAUCAACCGAAACCCUGCACUCCUGCCAAACAUAACUCUGGGCUACAGGCUGUAUGACACAUGUGGACUGACUACUCUAUCUCAGAGGACGACAUUAUCUGUGGUCUCUCAACCCAUGAAGAGAAGCAAUUCUGGGGUCUGCUCUUCCCCAAGCAUCCCCAUCAUCAUUGGGGACUCUGGAUCCACCUUGUCUAUGGCUAAUUCUAGACUACUUAACUUGUUUCGUAUCCCACUGGUGAGUUAUUUUGCAUCAUGCGCUUGCCUAAGUAACAAGCAGCAGUUCCCUUAUUUCUUUCGCACAAUUCCCAGUGAUGUUAAUCAAGCCAACGCUCUUGCCCGUCUGGUCAAGCACUUUGGCUGGACCUGGGUGGGCACGGUCGGCGCUGACGAUGCUUACGGGCGCACCGGCAUAGAAUUGUUCACGGCAGAAGUGACCCGCCUUGGUGCUUGUGUGGCUUAUCGAGUUAUCAUACCCAAACUACCGACCCACCAGCAGCUGCACGAAAUCGUUAGGACCAUUCGAGAUUCGACAGCACGUGUUUUGGUGGUUUUCGCGAUUGAAGAGGAUAUCAAACCGGUGGUGGAUGAAAUAGUACGUCAGAAUGUGACUGGGAAGCAGUGGGUGGCUAGCGAAGCAUGGGUGACCUCCACUCUUAUUUCUACCAAAGAGAACUACCCCUCCCUUAGUGGCACCAUUGGCUUUGCCAUCCGCCGAGCUGAGAUACCGGGCCUCAAAAGCUUCCUCGAAAGCAUGCAGCCUUUGGCUAAGCCCUAUAAUCCAUUUGCAAGGGAGUUCUGGGAAACACAAUUCCAGUGCUCUUUAAACACAACUCUUCCUUUUGCCUCUACAACAGAGCCAGUCCAACACAGCCGCACAUGUACCGGCAAGGAGAGUAUCCGGGACACUCAGAGUAUCUAUAAUGAUGUGUCUGAGCUCAGGGUGACAUAUAAUGUGCACAAAGCUGUUUACACUGUCGCACAUGCACUGCAUAACCUGCUUCUAUGUCAGAGAAAAAAUGUGUCUGCCUUUACACAACAGUGCCCUGAUAUUCUUAAUUUGCAGCCCUGGCAGGUCAUUGAGGUCCUGAGGAAAGUGAACUACACAAACAUUUUUGGAGAUUCAAUUUACUUUGAUAAAAAUGGAGACCCUGUUGGGUCAUAUGACAUAGUUAACUGGCAGAGGAAGACAAAAGAAGGUCCGGUACAAUAUGUUACAGUGGGUCGCUUUGACUCCUCUUUGCCGACAGCACAGCAGUUGGUGUUGAAUCAAGAGCAAAUCAUCUGGUAUGGGGAAACAAAGAAGGUACCAGUGUCUGUGUGUUCUGCAAGCUGUCCGCAGGGAUUCAGGAAAGUUAUACGAGAGGGUCAACCUGUGUGUUGCUAUGAUUGUAUCCCUUGUGCUGAGGGCAGCAUAAGCAAUACUACUGAUCAGCCUGAAUGCUUUCUUUGUCCUGAAGACUUCUGGUCCAACCAGCAUCACAACCAUUGUAUCCCCAAGCAAAUUGAAUUUCUGUCUUACUCAGAGGCCUUCGGCAUGGCCCUCGCCGCUACAGCCAUUCUGGGUGCUGUUGCUGCGAUAACAGUUGCUGCGAUUUUUUUCCGUCAUCGAGACACGCCUCUGGUCCGGGCUAAUAACUCAGAACUGAGCUUUCUGUUGCUGCUCUCUCUCACCCUCUGCUUCAUGUGUGCGCUGACAUUCCUGGGCCAGCCAUCACACUGGGCCUGCCCUCUUAGACGGACUGCUUUUGGCUUGACCUUUGCCCUUUGCCUCUCCUGUCUUCUCAGUAAAACCCUAGUGGUGCUUAUGGCCUUUAAAGCCACAUUGCCUGGUAACAACGCAGCUAAAUGGUUUCGUCCCCCUCAGCAAAGACUAGGUGUGUUUUUAUGUUCUGUCCUGCAGGGCGGGGUUUGCGUGGUUUGGCUUACCACAGCUCCUCCAUAUCCAGUAAAAAACACAUGGGCAUAUCGUGACCGAAUUAUUUUAGAGUGUCACCUGGGUUCAGUAGCCCUUUUCUGUUGUGUAUUGGGUUACAUUGGCUGCUUAGCGGCCUUCUGCUUCAUUUUAGCUUUUCUAGCCCGAAAAUUGCCUGAUAACUUCAAUGAAGCUAAAUUCAUCACAUUCAGUAUGCUUAUAUUCUGUGCGGUGUGGAUCACGUUUAUCCCAGCUUACGUCAGUUCACCUGGAAAAUUUACUGUAGCUGUGGAGAUAUUUGCCAUUUUAGCUUCUAGUUACGGGGUACUUUUGUGUAUUUUUGUCCCUAAAUGUUACAUCAUCAUUUUUAUGCCUGAGAGAAAUUCUAAAAAAUAUCUCAUGUCCCAAAAAUGA